AUGGCUGCCCUGGGGUGGCGGUUUGUUUCUCUCUACCUGGGGCUGCUGCAGGCUUUCGGGGCUGUGUCCACCGGUCCUUUGCUGCUCCUUGUUGUAGAUGUGGAUUCCUCUGAUAGAGCGUGUAGUUAUCAGGAUGUUUUAACCUACCUGAACUUGAGCAAAAAUAAUGAGCUGUUUUCCUUGACCCGACCUGUGAGAGACUUCCGAAAACCCACAGAGGUGUAUCUGGAAGUAUUGCUGUACGCUAUCCUAGAUGUGAGAGAGAUUGACCAGACGUUUGUACCAUAUGUUUGGAUUCUUGUGGAGUGGCAGAAUGAUUACAUUUCCUGGGAUCCCAGAAAUUUUUGUGGCAUGAAAAAUGUUACUAUUCCUACAGACAUUCUGUGGAAGCCAGAUCUCACUAUUGAAGAAAUGACAGAAAGGGAUAAAGCCCCUCCAAGUCCUUACCUCACCAUAAGCAGCAAUGGUAAAGUCCUUAUUCAGAACGAUCAGGUGCUGGUCAGCACAUGUAGGAUACAGGUUCACAAAUUCCCAUUUGACGUUCAGAGCUGCACCCUCUCAAUUAAAUCAGUUGUUCACUCCGUGCAGGAAAUAAAGCUGAACUCCUUGAACUCCUCAGUGACCACGGUUUGGUCACGUAACGUGAUGAGGACACAGUAUGAGUGGUUGUUUGUUAAAAUGACAGUUACCACCGAAACAGUUAUGCCAUUUGGAUCCAAGCAAGAUACAAUCAUUUACACUAUCUUUAUGAAAAGGAGGCCAGUACUCUACAUUGUCAACUUCCUGCUGCCUGUCCUCUUCUUCUUGUGCCUGGACUUGUCCUCCUUCCUGAUCUCAGACAGAAGUGGUGAAAAGCUUAGCUUCAAAGUCACUGUGCUGCUGGCUGUCACAGUGAUGCAGCUCAUUCUUAAUGACAUUCUGCCUUCAUCAUCAGACAAGAUCCCACUGAUUGAAGUAUACUGCACUGGGAUUUUUGGGCUGAUGUUUCUCAGCCUCCUGGAGACAAUUUUGAUGAUGUAUCUGAUGGAGCUAGAGUCUGAAUCCCAAGACAUUGAGAUGGACAGAAGACACAGUUUGGGAGAGAGUUUUGGAGACAAUCUAGGCAGAGACACUGACUACCAGAGCUGUGAGGAAGGUGAGACUUACACCAGAGAGGGAGGAAUAGUUUUUGUGCUCUAG